AUGGCGCAAUGCUGCCAGGUGCGGCUGGACCCGGUGCUGGCGUCGAGCCUGACGGGCCGAGCCGACGGCGCCCUGGCGGCGCUGCGCUGGGACGAGCUGCACCAGCGCUGCCUGCAGCGCAUGUCUCCCGGCCACCUGGUGCUGUUCCGCGGCGAGCCGCCGCUGGUCAAGAAGGGCGCCGUGCCCAGCGUCGAGCUCAACACCGCCACACGCUCCGGCAACAAGAAGAUCACCAUGGUGCUGAACCUGCCCGCGUUCGGGAUCGACCCGGCCGAGUUCGCGCACCGCUGCCAGGUGGGCGUGGCGGCCAGUACCAGCGUCGGCGAGGCGCCCAACCGGCCGCCCGGCACCAGCCAGGUCAUGGUGCAGGGCAACCAGAUCCGCUUCAUCGGCAAACUGCUGCAGGAAGACUACAAGGUUCCCAAGAAGUACAUCAAAGGCCUGGAGAAGGCUCCGAAGAAGUGAUGGUUAUUUUUUGGUGUUGUCUUUGUGAUAUCGUGUUCAUCUUGAACCGUGUGUUGCUGACACUUUGUUUUUGAUAACAGAGACAUGACGGUGUGGGACAAGAAAUAAUAUGUCAUCGAUUUCCGUGAAA